AUGAGAAGAAGAGCGGGUAUAGCAGCGAUUCAAAAAAAAAAUUUAGAACAGGAAAAAUACAGGGACAAAGGAACCGAAAUCCAAGAAAAUCAAUUAGAACAAAUGACUAAACAAAUGGAAGUUUUCAGGGUUAACCUAGAAGAAUUUGCAAGGAAACAUAAAAAUGAUAUCAAAUCUAAUCCUCAAUUUAGAAAACAAUUUCAAGAUAUGUGUGCUGCGAUAGGUGUAGAUCCAUUAACGAGCGUCAAAGGAUUUUGGUCUGUUCUCGGAAUAGGAGAUUUUUACUACGAACUCGCCGUUCAAAUAAUAGAAGUUUGUUUAGCCACCAGUUCUAGAAAUGGAGGAUUGAUUGGAUUAGAAGAAUUGCGUAGGAGAUUAAUUAAAGCGAGAGGAAAAAGAAAAGAACAUCAAGAAAUUACGGUCGAUGAUCUUUUAAGAGCUGCUAAAAAACUUAAAGUUUUCGGAAGUGGUUUUUCUGUUAUUCCAAUAUCAAAGGGUCAGUAUUUAGUUCAAUCAGUUCCUGGUGAAUUAUCAAUGGAUCACACUGCUGUUCUUCAUGCUGCUUCGACAAAUGAUAAAGCCUAUGUAUCAAUCAGUAAUUUACAACAUGUUUUAAGGUGGGAAAAAGAAAGAGCACAAAAGGCAGUUGAUUAUAUGAUAAAAUUAGGUUUGGCAUGGAUCGACAAACAAAAUGUCGAAGAACCCCUGUAUUGGUUUCCAAGCUUAUUCGAAGGUUUAAAGACUCACACAACAGCAACAACAGCAACCGAAACUUUAAAAAACAUUUUAAUAAUAAAAAGAAAUCUGAUGAACCGGUAA